GGCCUUGAUAAGAAGAGCCAACUACAAUCUUGUAUCUUUCUAAAUGUUUCUCUCUACUCAACCACCCUCGGACCCUUCUAGCAAUUGGUGACGUCUACAGCUUUUCGGAAAUCCUCAUGAAAAGAUGUUAUUCUGUUCCUCCUCCUAACAUCUCUUUUUAUAGCCAGUCUUUGUUUGCAAACUAAAUCUAUAUAUAUUUUCUUUCAUCAAUGUUUACUUAAACAAUAUCAACAUCAAGCCCUCCAACACCUGAAAAUGAAGGUAAGUGUAAACUCUAACCAAAUUUAGAACGAGAGAUGUUUCAAUCUUUUUUACUUUAUCUUAGCAUUACAUUGAUGCAGUUAUUACAGUGGGUGCACCACAAAUUUCGGCACGGUAGCAUUGAGCCUUUCAAGGAUCUCACUAUUGGGAACCCUUGUGUUUGCCUUUCAGCUCAGCCAUCACUUGAUGACCAAGAUGCCUAUAUGAAGUCAAGCUUUGGCUCCAGAUACAGAUCUACAUCCUUGGAGCCACCUGCAAGGGACCGAGAAAAAUCUUUUUCUGAAUCUGAAGCCAAGAGAGAAGAAGAAACAUCUGCUAUCAUCUCAGAGCUUUUUCCUGGCUUUCUCACCAUUGGAACUCUUGGCUCAGAGUCAGGUAUCAAUGAGCCCGAAACACCAACUUUUGGGACGACCUUAGAGAACUUAACUCAGCAAAAAGCAGAGGUGACUGAGAACGACUUGAAGCUGAUCAGAUACGAGCUAGAGAAGUUUCUUGAUGCUGAGACAAAGGAAGAAGGGGUUCGUGUAUCGUCAGCAAGGGACAGUCAUGCUAGCUCUGUUACACCCAAUGGAAAGCAAAUGGAGGAGUCCGAAGAUGAAGAGUACUGGAAGGAUGCAGCAUGUCCGCUCAAAGGAUAUCUCUUUGGGUCCUCAACUGAAUUACCAGAAACAAUGGAAGCAAAGAAAGAAAAGGCAUCACUGCAAGAGCUGUUUGACAGGACCAAAAUCACAACUGAUUAUAAGGAGAAAAGUGAAAGUGAGGAGACAGAAGUCAAGUAUAAGCAUAAAUCUGCCAUGGGGUUCAUGAAGAAGAUGAUUAAAAAGUUCCAUGCUUCUUCAAAGAGCUCAGGUGGUGAUGCAACUGAUUCUGUUUCCAUCAAGAAGAAAUGUGGUGAGGCAUCUGAUUCUCUUUCAACCAAGAAGAAACCCCAUAAGGUCUUACGCAUGUUCCAUAGAACGAUCCAUCCUGAAAGCUCUAUUGCUGCUAGAGAAGUUGUCAAGUCUGAGAAAUACAAGAAGAAGAAAAUUUUCAGUGCAGAUAGUGGUUGUAAUGAAAACAUGAUGCUCAAGGGUGGAGACAACAGAAGGUUCCCUGAAGGGCCACUGGUAAAGGAGGGGACUGAAAAUUGUAAGAAAUACAUGAACUUCCCCCAGUACAGGCUGAAUGGCAGCACUUACGGGACAAGAGCAGAGCACUGGAUUAAAACAGAUGCAGAAUAUUUGGUGUUGGAGCUGUAGCAACCGCGGUUGUAAGAAACAGACAGAUGCCGUCCUUCGUGAGACAGAACGUCAAUAUUGUGCUUUGUAAUAUUAUCUUUCAAUGUACGUCUUUGUGAGUGAGCUGAGUGUUGCUAAAUUGCUAAAUCAAGAAAAGAUGAAAAAUACUAGAUGGUAUUUAUCUUCCUCCAGUGUGGUGAUGAAAUUGAGUCUUGUGAAUAAGUUCUAUCUAAAUUUCCGAAUCAAUAAGCAAGAUUUUGAUCAUCUACAUUUCUUAUC